UCCAGGGCCAGCAUGAGACAGCGCAUUCUCAAGCAGCAUCAUGCAGUAGUCAGUGUUAGCAGCAUCCUUCCUGCUGUACCAGGGACACAAGGCUCAUCUCUCGCUUGUAUCAGCCUUCUCACCCCACCCAAUCCAUCCUUAGGAGCUCCCUACAGCAGAGGAGGAAGAAUAGUAUUCCUCCGGGUCCUCAACAAUAGAGAAUACACAAUACCAGAAAACAGAUUCUUGUGAUGCCCCCGAAAAGGAGAGUUCUCAAAGAGAAAAAAGAUCUGAAGAAGCCAGACAGUGCGGUGGCUGCUGUGGGUGGCAGCCAAGAGAAAGCUACAAAGUCACAAGAGAAGCUAGGUCGAUUUGCGCCACCAAAGGGUCGGCGACUGAAAGAGGAGGUGACAGAGUCUAGUGCUGUAUUACAGACUAGGUCUACUACUGCAGAGCCACCUGUCGCUGAAAAACUCCAGGAAACGACAAUGUCUGACAAAAGUGAUCUAAAAGCUGAACUUGAGCGCAAAAAACAACGUUUGGCGCAAAUUAGAGAGGAAAAGAAACGCAAGGAGGAAGAAAGGAAGAAGAAAGAGGCGGAAAUGCAGCAAAAGACAGAACCGAUCCACGAAGAUACUGAUCUAGACCGAAAGAGAAGAGAGACAGAAGCUUUACUGCAAAGUAUUGGCAUAUCACCAGAGCCCCCUCUAGUCCCAACCCCUAUGUCUCCCUCCUCGAAAUCAUUGAGCACACCCAGCGAAGCAGGAAGCCAAGACUCGGUUGACGGCACAAUAAUGGGACGGAAUUUACAGAGUGUCGUGCUUGGGACUCUACAAUGGGACACUGAUCCAUCGGUGCUGCAGCUUCAUUCAGAGUCUGAACUUGGAAGAAGGCUUACUAAACUUGGAGUUUCGAAAAUCACCCAGGUGGACUUUUUACCCCGAGAAGUAGUGUCAUACUCAAAGGAGACACAAACCCCAGUGACAACCCAUCAGGCUGAAGAGGAAGAAGAAGAUGAGGAAACGGUGGACAUGAAAAUAGACCACGAUUCUGAGUUUGAAAAAAACAAUGACAAGCAAGACUCAAAAGAAGCACCGCCAAGAGAACUGACUGAAGAAGAAAAGCAACAGGCUAUCCAUUCAGAGGAAUUCCUUAUAUUUUUUGACCGCACCAUUCGUGUGAUUGAACGAGCUUUGGCUGAAGACUCAAAUAUAUUCUUUGACUACAGUGGAGGAGACUUAGAAGAUAAAGAAGGGGACAUUCAAGCUGGCGCCAACCUGUCAUUUAAUCGGCAAUUUUAUGAUGAGCAUUGGUCCAAACAUCGUGUGGUCACUUGCCUUGACUGGUCUAUUCAGUAUCCAGAGCUGAUGGUGGCUUCCUACAAUAAUAAUGAAGAUGCACCGCAUGAACCUGAUGGAGUCACACUAGUAUGGAACAUGAAGUUCAAGAAAACCACUCCAGAAUACAUAUUCCACUGCCAGUCCUCGGUGAUGUCUGUCUGUUUUGCUCGGUUCCAUCCAAACCUCGUCAUUGGUGGAACAUACUCUGGGCAAAUAGUCUUGUGGGACAAUCGCAGUCACAGGAGAACUCCGGUUCAGCGGACACCACUUUCUGCAGCAGCUCACACUCACCCAAUCUACUGUGUUAAUGUAGUGGGAACCCAAAAUGCUCACAAUCUCAUUACUGUUUCAACGGAUGGAAAACUGUGCUCCUGGAAUUUGGACAUGCUCUCAGCUCCGCAGGAAAGUAUGGAACUUGUCUACAACAAAUCUAAACCUGUAGCAGUUACCGGGAUGGCUUUUCCUACAGGAGAUGUCAACAAUUUUGUAGUAGGAAGUGAAGAGGGCACCGUGUAUACAGCAUGUCGGCAUGGCAGCAAAGCUGGAAUUCAUGAAGUCUUUGAAGGUCAUCAGGGACCUGUCACAGGAAUCAACUGUCACAAUGCUGUGGGUCCCAUUGACUUUUCUCACCUGUUCCUCACGUCCUCCUUUGACUGGACGGUCAAACUGUGGACGACAAAGCACAACAAGCCGCUCUGCUCCUUUGAAGAUAAUGCAGACUAUGUCUACGACGUCAUGUGGUCGCCAGUGCAUCCAGCACUGUUUGCCUGUGUGGACGGGAUGGGGCGACUGGACCUCUGGAACCUCAAUAAUGACACAGAGGUUCCCACUGCAAGUACCAACAUUGAAGGAGCUUCGGCACUGAAUCGGGUUCGCUGGGCACAGAGCGGCCGAGAGGUGGCAGUUGGUGAUUCAGAAGGUCGAAUAUGGAUUUAUGAUGUUGGAGAGUUCGCUGUUCCACACAAUGAUGAAUGGAGUCGCUUGGCACGCACUUUGAUUGAGAUCCGUGCUAACAGAGGAGAUGGCGAAGAAGAGGCUGUUGAUCUAUCAACCUGAUUGCAAAAGCUUUUUAAACACAGUAUUUAUCUGCAGCUGAAUGUAUAAGUGGCAUCAUUUUCCGUGACUUUCGAAAGUGACAGUCCUGCUUUCCUUCGCAACUCUUCGUUAAAACAGUAUUCAACCUG